AGUAUAUUUCUAUUCUCCUUUGACUCUCUAAAAGCCUCUGGUUUGAAAGGCUCUUAGAAAGUUCUUCAGCAGUAUUUUGAGUCCUUGUGUUUUCCCUUAAUAGAGAAAAGGAUUAUUUAUCUACUUAUUUAUUUAAUGACCCCUUUGAGAACAGUAAUAAAAACAUUGUCUAAUAAACUGACCCUUGAACCAACAUUUGACUAAACUGUUCCCUAGUGUUUCUAAGCCCCUGAUGAUAAUAGGAGGGGAUGGAGCUUGGUUCCUUAUGAGCUUUCUUGUCUUCGUUGCCUUUGUUCAUGUGGACGUUGCAACAGCUGCUGUGGCUUACGCAUUUGUCUCAGUCACUGCUUUACAUACUCUAUUUUGAUGGUGGUUUUUUUUCUUUUUGAGUAACUAAAUCACCUGUCACCUAACUGUUGACUCUUCACCACACUGAAACCAUUAGGAAAAAUCCUUGUGGUUAACAGCAGAGGCUUCAGAGUGUGUAACCUGUAUUCAGGCCUAGAAAUUAUUUUAAAUGGCGACUGAUACGUCUCAAGGUGAACUCGUCCAUCCUAAGGCACUCCCACUUAUAGUAGGAGCUCAGCUGAUCCACGCGGACAAGUUAGGUGAGAAGGUAGAAGAUAACACCAUGCCAAUUCGACGGGCUGUGAAUUCUACCCGGGAGACUCCACCCAAAAGCAAACCUGUUGAAGGAGAGGAAGAAAAGCCAGAACCAGAUGUCAGUUCAGAGGAAUCUGUCUCCACUGUAGAAGAACCAGAGAAUGAAACUCCACCUGCUAUGUCUAGUGAGACAGAACAGCCCAAGGGGGAGCCUGAGAAGGAAGAAAAGGAAGAAAACAAGUCUUCUGAGGAAACCAAAAAGGAUGAGAAAGAUCAGCCCAAAGAAAAGGAGAAGAAAGUGAAAAAAACAAUACCUUCCUGGGCCACCCUUUCUGCCAGCCAGUUAGCCAGGGCCCAGAAACAAACCCCAAUGGCUUCUUCUCCACGUCCGAAGAUGGAUGCAAUCCUAACUGAGGCUAUUAAGGCAUGCUUCCAGAAGAGUGGUGCAUCAGUGGUUGCUAUUCGAAAAUAUAUCAUCCAUAAAUAUCCUUCUCUGGAACUAGAGAGAAGAGGCUAUCUCCUUAAGCAAGCACUAAAAAGAGAAUUAAAUAGAGGAGUCAUCAAACAGGUAAAAGGAAAAGGUGCAUCUGGAAGUUUUGUUGUGGUCCAGAAAUCAAGAAAAACACCUCAGAAGUCUAGAAACAGAAAGAAGAGUUCUACAGUAUAUCCAGAGCCACAAGUAAAAUUGGAGGAUGUGCUCCCCUUGGCCUUUACUCGCCUUUGUGAACCUAAAGAAGCUUCCUACAGUCUCAUCAGGAAAUACGUUUCUCAGUAUUAUCCUAAGCUUAGAGUGGACAUCAGGCCCCAGCUGUUGAAGAAUGCUCUGCAGAGAGCAGUAGAGAGAGGCCAGUUAGAACAAAUAACUGGCAAAGGUGCUUCGGGGACAUUCCAGCUGAAGAAAUCAGGGGAGAAACCCCUGCUUGGUGGAAGCCUGAUGGAAUAUGCAAUCUUGUCUGCCAUUGCUGCCAUGAAUGAGCCGAAGACCUGCUCUACCACUGCUCUGAAGAAGUACAUCUUGGAGAACCACCCAGGGACCAAUUCUAACUAUCAAAUGCAUUUGCUGAAGAAAACUCUGCAGAAAUGUGAGAAGAAUGGGUGGAUGGAGCAGAUCUCUGGUAAAGGAUUCAGUGGCACCUUCCAGCUGUGCUUUCCCUAUUACCCCAGCCCAGGAGUUCUAUUUCCAAAGAAAGAACCAGAUGACUCUAAAGAUGAGGAUGAAGAUGAAGAUGAAGAUGAGUCAUCAGAAGAAGAAUCUGAGGAUGAGGAGCCACCACCUAAGAGAAGGUUGCAGAAGAAAACUCCUGCCAAGUCCCCAGGGAAGACUGUAUCCAUGAAGCAGAGAGGAUCCAAGCCUGCACCUAAAGUCCCAGCUGCCCAGCGGGGAAAAACUAGGCCCCUACCCAAGAAAGCCCCUCCUAAGGCCAAAACUCCUGCCAAGAAAGCCAGACCCUCACCCUCAGUCAUCAAGAAACCUAGUAGUAGCUCCUCAAAAAAGCCUGCAGCCAGUACAAGAAAGGAAGUGAAAUUGCCUGGCAAGGGUAAAUCCACCAUGAAGAAGUCUUUCAAGGCAAAAAAGUAAAUUGUAUAGAAAGAAAGGGUAUCAUGAUAAAAUUCAAAAGUCUAAAUAUUUUAUUAGGUCAGUAUGCAUUUGUUUUAGUUUAAUGCUUUUAAAAUUAAUUUUUUCCUCCCAUGUGGACAUUGUGGGGAGGGAACACAAACCAGGCUAGGCAUUUGUUAGCUUUAGGGCACUGUUCCUGGUGCCUGCCCCUUCCCUCAGUCACUUUAAUUUCUCCAGUAAUCCUGGACUCCCAAACUAUGGAACCUGUACUACCCUUUUUGCUCUUCCUCCCCCUACCUCCAUUCUGUUUUGUUUUUUUUUUUUUUCUUUUUUGAAUGAUCUAAUUUAGCUUUUUUUUCCCCUUCCAGUUUUAUCUAAACAGUUGCAGAGAUUUUUUAUAUUUGUAGAAAGCAUCAAAAACAGGAUGAGGAUGCUGGUCAGGUGCUAGAGGAGGCAGACUAGCACUGACUUAAUUGCAAAGCCUGCCUACAGAAUUCAGCUACAGCUAUACUAAUCCUAUAUCUAAAAGUCACUCCACUAACCCUUUCUCUCCAAUGGUAAACCCAGUUGGCAUUUAGCCCCUCUCCCCUUGGUCACCUCCCAGGUGUUUUCACAGGCCCAGAACACUGCAGUCCUUAGCGGCGAGCACAACCUCUCUCUGCCACUUGACUUAACAGCAACGGGAAAGUAGGCGAAUAUAUUGAAUCUGAUUUCUGGUGUUAUCUAUGUUACCAAAAAAUCAAAGCAUAUGAAGUCGUCUUGAUCAAAUGUUGAAAUAUAUUUUUUAAUAUUUGGAACAUGAAUUAUCACUUCCUAUUUGCCUUUUUUUAUAAGGAAAUGUUGGAGAGUUACAUCAUUGCUAAUGUAGAAAUGUUAAGGAACACAAUUUGCUAACAUAAAGUAGCUGUCAGAUUCAUCUGUGGGUUUCCCCUCCUUUCCAGAGCACUUUUGAUAUCAAGCAAGUGGCUUCCUUUUUGAAAUAGUUAAAAAAAAAAGUAGAAAAAGCAAAUGAAGCCCUACUACCUAACCCUUUUUUAUUUGUGUUUGUUUCAGUAUUGUGAAGUUGUGUUAAAUAGCACUAGCUUUCUAUUUGAGAAAUCCCAAUUUCUGGUUGUCAUAUAUCUUCCCUGUGGCACUUGACAUUUUAAUUGUCUUAAACUUUUUGGUGUACAUCUUCUGACCCCUUGAGUGCCACCAGAGACAAAAGGUGUUUGUUUUACAUUCAUUCCACUUGCAUUGUCUCCUGGGAUCCUUUUGCAGCGUUAAGUGUGGCUGGGAAAUGGACUUGAGAAAAUUGGCUUGAAUUAGAUCAUAAUCAUGUGUGAUCCCAUCAUGAGUUCAUUGGAAUUUGUGUUGCAUGUUAAAGCAAUCUUUCCUGUUGUAAAUCUUCCUUUUUUUAAUGUACAUAUAUUUUGAAAAAUAUGAAUAAACAUGAAAUUUUAAAGGCUGCCAAA